AUGCCAGGCUCCAAGCUGGGCAUCUUCCCCGCCGCGGGCGGCCUGGGCGGCAGCACGAUCAAGCAUCUGCUGCCGCGCAUCCCCGCCGCCAAUCUCGUCCUCAUCGCCCGCUAUCCCGACAAGCUGGCUGCCGAGAGCGCAGCCGGCGCUGUCGUGCGCAGAGCCGACUACGACGACGAGGCCUCGCUGCAGCGUGUGUUUGACGGCAUUGGCGCGCUGUUUUUGAUCUCGUACGCGUCCUGCGAGUAUGAGCAUCGCGCGGAGGCUCACCGACGCGCUAUCGACGCCGCCCUUCGCAGCGGCGUCAAGCACAUCUUCUACUCCUCGCUCGCCUUCGCCGGAAACCUGACGAAAGAGACUGUCGCCCUGGUCAUGCGGGCCCACCUCGCGACGGAGGCCUAUCUCGAAGAGCUCGCUCGUCAGCGACGGGACUUCACCUACACCGCGAUCCGCGAGGGGCUGUACCACGAGUCGUUCCCCAUCUACACGGCCUUCUUCGACCCGCUGAACCCCGUCGACGAGAUCAAGAUCCCGCAUGAUGGCUCUGGACCCGGAGUUGCGUGGGCCAAGCGCGAGGAGCUCGGCGAGGCGACGGCCAAGCUGAUUGCGCAGUACGCGACGAAUCCGCAGGCCUUCCCGUACAUGAACAAGACAAUCCUGCUGUCCGGACCCAAGGUGUUGACGCUGAAGGAAGUGGUCGACAUUCUGGGCCGGCUCAUCGGCAAGCAGGUGCGUAUCAAGCAGGUGUCGGUGGACGAGUACGCCGCGCAGCCGCAGAUUGCGCCGCGUCUCACGUAUCACGGCGUCAACCUGGCCAAGGAGUGGGCGACGGCGUGGGAUGCCAUCCGCCGCGGCGAGUGUGCGGUUGUGACGCCGCAUCUGCGUGAGAUAUUGGGUCGAGAGCCGGAGGAUUUUGAGACGACGGUGCGCCGGCUGAUUGGGGGAUAA